AUGUCAGCUGCAGGCUUAGCCCUAGUAUUAGGAUGCUGCUUCAUAAUAGCGCGUCUAUUCAACUCAUACCGUCAUUUGUCAUUUAUCCCCGGUCCCUUUGCCGCCAAGUUCACGGAUCUUUGGCGAUACCACUCACAAAACUCCAACGCCUACGCCGAAAGACUCGUAACACUACACAAGAAGCACGGCAAGCUUGUGCGCAUCGGACCCAACCACAUCAGUGUCAGCGACCCAUCCGCCAUACCAAUCGUUUACAGCACGAAUCCAACAUGGCAAAAGGGCCCCUCGUAUUAUGGUGCCGUACCAGUGAGCAAGAACCGAGCAGUACCAACGGUCAUCGGCAUGAACGAGACUCAGCACACAGCCGUGAGGAAAUCAGUCGGACGGGCCUUCACGACCAACUCUUUGCUUGACUACGAGGACUCCAUCGAGGUAACUGGCCUGGAGCUCAUUCAAGCCCUUCGAAAGCAAAAGAAAGUCGAUAUUGGCGAGUGGCUUCAGUUCUUUGCCAUGGACAUGUUGAUCAGAAUCACUUUUAGCAACUCGCUUGGCUUGCUGGCAGGUGGUCAGGACGUUGACGGCACUCUUGCCGCAGUCAUGGCUCGCUUUGAUCACUGGGGCCAUUGGGGCGCAUUACCUACCGCCGAUUUUGCCAUAAACAAGAGUCGGUUUGCAACUGCGCUGAGAGGGGUAAGUGAUAGCCCUCUUGCGAGAGUUGCGCAGAGUAAACUAGAUACUAGGGAACGAGACGUCAACCAGUCCGCAUACAAAGAUCUCUGCGCCAAGUUCCUAGAUGGUCAGGCAAAAUAUCCUCAACUUGUCCAACAAGAUGAGAUACUGGGCAUCAUCAUGUCCACCAUAGGUGCCGGUGCUGACACGACCGCCGGCACUUUAACAUACACUCUGUAUUUUCUCUCCAAAUACCCUGCCACGAGGACCAAGCUUCUGCAAGAGAUACAGAGUGGCCUUGAGCACGGGACACUCUCACGGACACCGAAAUGGGCAGAAGUUAAAGGAAUGCCCUACCUCGACGCUGUCCUAAAAGAGUCAAUGAGGAUUCUUCCCAUUGCAUCUUGGGGUCUCGACAGAAUCGUUCCGCCGGGAGGUGCAACAAUUGCGGGACAAUUUAUCCCCGGAGGCACUGUUGUCGGAUGUCAAAUUGAUGCUGUUCACUUAGACGAAGACGUCUUUGGGAACGACGCCUCCACAUUCAGACCAGAGCGUUGGCUAGAGACAAGCGAAGAGCAUCGCCGCCAGAUGGACCGCGCGUUUCUAGCAUUCAGUGCAGGUAAAAGGACAUGUACUGGCGUCCAUAUUGCGUGGCUGGAAAUGAAGAAGACGCUUCCAUUGCUGUUGAUGAACUUUGAGCUCGACCUCGUCAACCCUGAUCAAGACGUUAGAGAUGGUAUCAGAAUCAGUGCGGUCAAAUAUCCGCCUCCAGUUAUGAUGAAAGUCAGGUCAAGGAGCUUUGUAACGGCGUCAUAG